GAUACGCCUCCUGAUCGACUGUGGAUGUCCACUAUCACUUGAAGCGAUAUUCCGCGUAAUGCUGACACUGUCGCGGGACAGAUUCUGUUUCACAGCGAUAACGGCGGAUGGAUCAUAAGUACAAUGACGGAGGAAAUAAAUAAUUAUAUGAUUUAGCCGUUUAAGCGACGGUGAAGGGUGGGAAGAGCAAUCACGUUAAAUUAGCCUCUAAGCGAGAUUCUUCUCUUCACAGCGGAAAGUGUCAAUAAAGGAGAAAGUUGUGAUUUUUUGACAGAGCCAGUUUGACAGUGAAGUCGCAUGAAGACGAACGAACGUGCGAGUAAUACGUGAGAAAGGGAGAAAGAAAUAAAGCAGAGAGGGGGAGGAAGUAAAAAGUGGAAAAUUGGAGGGCACAGCGCGAAGAAAUUUCUAGUUGCGUUGUACGUGGAAAAGAUAGUACCAGUGCUUACCAACUUUGAGAAUAGAGAUGAGUUGAGGAUUGACUACGAUGUUGAGUUGUCUUUCGGCCGUGGUGGCCUCCAUUUUGGUUCACCAGAUACGUUUUCUGUGCACCGCCAAUACUUUGGGUGCGAAGCCGUUUCCAGGAUUUGAAAACUUACCACGCUCAAUUUGGCAUGAACUUAGUUCACCUUUCACAGAGGUAUAUGAGGUGGAGAGUUUCGUGACUGAAACAGGCGGCACUCCUGAACCGAGGCCGUUUUUCGAGGAUCCCGAAAGCAACAUUACCGUACAGCUUGGUACCGAAGUCUACAUGCACUGCAGGGUACAAAAUUUACAAAAUACUCUUAAGGUAUCUUGGGUGCGUAGACGAGGAGAGGAGCUCCAUUUACUCACCAUCGGUCUCGACACAUACGCGAGCGAUUCCAGAUUCUCCCUGGCUUUUGAGAAGCCUAAUGAUUGGCGAUUACUCUUGCGCUCUGCUACAGAACGCGAUGCCGGUCUUUACGAGUGUCAAGUCAGCGCUCAUCCACCAUUAAUCAGAACUGUCCAUCUAGCAGUGUCAGUGCCAAAGGUGGAAAUAGUUGACGAGCAUGGUGCCACGGCUGCCGAUAAGUUUUACAAAGCAGGUAGCACAAUAGAGCUGAAGUGUGUAGUCAGCAACAUACCGCAACCCACUGGCUACGUCACGUGGCGACACGGACUUCGUACGUUGAAUUACGACACGACUCGUGGUGGCAUCAGCGUCAAGACGGACAUGGGUGCAGCCGGUGCGGUAUCUAGGCUCUACAUUGCAAAUGCGAAUAAAAAAGAUAGCGGGAACUACAGCUGUGCCCUGGCGAAUGUAGCAGCAGUCACUAUGGUGUCCGUCCACGUGUUAAAUGGGGAGAAUCCAGCUGCCAUGCAACACGGCGGUACCUCGGCCCCGAGGGCGACCUUUAUCUUCACCGUUGUGAUAUCACUAUCGUCGCUCUUAAGGUGACCGUGAUGACCCCGGUGCAUUUUGGACUUGCGAUUCGAAUGGUGCUAACUUUCUCCCUCCCCACGGGGACUCGCGCGCUCGGAAUGUCCUCUCAAAGCGGACGGGAACUUUGGGCAUUAGGCCCUCUCCGUCACUUUCGCAGGAAACCACAUGCAAUUGGUGCGAAGUACGUAUAGAGAACUCGAGUUCUAGUCUCACGCGGCACGUCACGGUUAUAUAUAUGUAUACGCGUGACAAAGACGGCGGUAUCAACCGAAUCCGUUUCGAGAUCUCGCGGACUUAACUCUCGAACGAGGAGUAGCUUCGCUAGAGGCACCACCGCAUCUCGCAAUUUCCACGAGACGACGCGUAUCAGUUUCAACAGACAUUUCUCUCGAGUGUAUCUCUUGAGAAACUUGACUAAUCGUUUCCGGUGGCGAUCAAUGCGGGAUUUGCGCAGGAUGAGUGGUGCUCGCGCGCGCGCUGCGAAUUUCGGGAGGAGAAACUUUUCAUCCCUCUCCCCUUAUCGUGUCUCGAGCCUCGAGCUCCUGGUACUGGCAUGUUGACGCGUUGUUAUUACGCGCGUUAUUCGCGUCCCUCCUCCCUCCCCUCCCCACAAUGUUCAAAUGCGGAUCCGUUAAUUAAGAGAUUCCGUUCAUGUGAUAUAUAACGCGCGACUAUGACAUAUGUUCGUGUAAUGUUGCUAGAGAAGUGGUGGCCGCGUGGUGUGAUUUCAUCAGCUGAAAUCGACGAUAUUUUAAUUUUAUUUUUGGUUCACCUGUGUCACGAAACGUUUCGGUAUACCGACGUAGAUAAGUACUAUUUGUUCCUGAGAUAAUUAAAUUUAAAGUUUACGAAUAUACGUGUGAAUAUUUGUGUGCGUAUCAUUUUUUUAUAAGUUUUUAAUGCAUAAUUUUUCGGAGGGUAUAACAACGAAAAAUUUUUUCUCGAUCGAAAAAAGACGAGUCUUGCGAAGGUAUAGCAAACGUGUUUUGUAAUGUUGCAAAAAUUGGGAUGUGUAUAUAUAUAUACUUUUAUAUAUAUAUAUAUAUAUAUAUAUACACCUUUGUAUAUUUAUAUAUAUGUAUAUGUAUAUGUUUGUUGAAGUUAUAUUUUAUGUCUGUAUACUGUUAUGUAUUUUUAGUAUGAGAAUCUUAAUAUUAAAGAAGGUAUUUCGAAAUAUACGUUAAAUAUGAAUUUGUCGAACGACACCGUCCAAAAGAUUUACGGCAUACCGAUUGUUAUUUCCGAAGAAUACGCAGCUUUUUUAAUAUCCGCAAAAUGGAAAAAUUUGCCACAGUUUAUUACUAAAAACUGCAUUUCAUUUCGAUCCGUCUACAAUGCAAUUGUACAAUUAUAUUCUGUAUACACUCCGUUGUAUAGAGAAUAAUAAAAGUGUCCCAUUUUUCUGAUAUUCAUCAAUUUUUGAUAAUUACAGACUAUAUAAAGUCCGCAGAUCUACAUAUCAUCCUCUACAUUUCCAAUUUGUUAUAAACGCUACUCUUUGAGCGAAUCAAAAUUUAUGUUGUUAACAAACAAUUGGAAUUUAUAUAGCAAUUUUGCAGAUGAAGCGAUCGACGAUAAUCAUUGUUAAUAAAAAAUUGCUAAAAUAAUUGUUAAACAUCGAUUCUUUCCAUACAAGUUGUCAUUGUUAGUCAAUUUCAUCUGGUAGAAGCAAUAUUUUCGAGGCUCAUAAUGGGUCGAAAAAAUCAUUCGAGCAUGAAACAAUGGUUGCGUAUCAUUAAUGUUCAAUGUUAAUCUUCAUGCUCAGUAGCUCCGCGGCGCAAUAUAUGAUGAACAUGGAUGAUGAAGAUCUAUUUAUUUAUUCGUUCGUUCGUUUGUUCGCUUAAAGUAUAUCUGACGAAUAGCAAAUGAAAUCCGCGAAAUUGAUUUCAUUAAAAGAUUCAGUAGCCGUUUUUUGUAUGUAAAAUUAUUGAAAUAUUGUGAACAUUGUAAUGGAUUUUUAAAACCAACUUUUCAUUAUAUAUAUGAUUAUAUAUCGUUUUAUUUGAUUAUAACGAUUUGCAAUUAUUCGAAACGCAGAUAAUGCUAUAACUUUUCAUUUAUUUCAAGAAUAAAUAUUGCAAAAUCAAAUUAUUUUGACAUAUGAAUUACCAAAGAAACUGCGGCUUUAUAAGAAUGAGUACCAACAAGGUUUCUUACCAAGAGAAAAUUAAUGCGCGAGCGAUUUUCAAUUUGACAUUUUUUAUAAAAAAAAAAAAAUUAUGUUUAAGAAACUAAUGUUUUAAAGUUAUUAAAUUGAUUUGAAUAAAACAUUAGAGAAUUACUCGAUGUAAAAAAAAACAUCGUUGAAGAAAUGAAUGAGAAUGUUGCAAGAUCUACAUAAUAAUUCCCGAAAAUAUCGAAUUAAAUCCGUACGCAAAAAUAACGUACGCGAGUAGCAUUUGCAUUUUAGAAAUUUUAUAGCGCGCAAUGUAACGAUGGGGUGUACGAUUGCAUCAGGGGAUGUACUCGGGCGGAACUGCAACGCGCGAGCGGGAUCGGGAUACGUGUGGCACACCGUAAAAGCGCGACAAUCGGACGAGGAUCGAUUGGCCAACAAAUUGCCGAUGGAAAAUGAACCGUUAAGCAGCCCUACCUGACAAUGACGUACGGUUAGUUUGGCGUAAAUCAGUAGCUUCUAUUCGCGCGGCGACCGCCCCCGCCGCCCUG